AUGAAGCAGUGGCACUCCCCGGAAAGGCCCAGGCCUCCCCCGGAGCAAGCCUGGGCCCCGGCUGGGAUAGAAACGGUCAAACCGGUCCACGGCGGGUCACCUCCGGGAGGAGUCGGCCCCCUCGUCUGCCGGCCGUUUCCGCAGGGUCGACGUGUAAACCUCUGCCGUCCGUUGAUUUUUUCAGGCCCGGACAAGUUUUGCCUCUUUCGUGGCAAGAGGUACAGCCCUGGAGAGAGUUGGCAUCCUUACCUGGAACCUCACGGGCUCAUGUACUGCCUCCGCUGCACCUGCUCCGAGAACACCCACGUCAGCUGUUCCCAAAUCCACUGCCCGCCGAUCCACUGUGCCAGCCCUGUCACGGAGCCCCAACGCUGCUGCCCACGCUGUGCAGACCCUCCCCUGCCUUCCGGGCUGCGGGCACCGCUGAAACUCUGCCAGUACAACGGGACCACCUACCAGCCCGGGGCCACCUUCUCCGAGCCCGAGGCCUUUCCGUCCCGCCAGUCCAAUCAGUGCGUCCAGUGCUCUUGCACGGAAGGUCAGAUCUACUGUGCCUUGAUGACGUGUCCCGAGCCUGGCUGCUCCUCUCCGCUCCCGGGGCCCGGCUCCUGCUGCCCGGCCUGCCAAGACAGAACUGGCGAGAAGUCGGCGGAGGAGGAACCCAUGGAGUCGCCCAGAGGGGUGAGGCGCCCCCAAGACCCGUGCCCACGUGAAGCAUCGGGCAGGAGAGCCCUAGGGUCCACCAGCCCCGCGCCAGGCCUCGGCCCCCCACCCUUCAAGCAGAAAGGAGGGAGCACCACCGUCAGGAUCGUCUUGAAGGAGAAACCCAAGAAAGCCUGUGCCUACAACGGGAGGACCUACUCCCACGGCGAGGUGUGGCACCCCGCCUUCCGCUCCUUCGGCUCCCUGCCCUGCAUCCUCUGCACCUGCCAGGACGGCAGCCAGACCUGCCAGAGGGUCACCUGCCCCCUGGAGUACCCCUGCAAGGACCCGGAGCGGGUGGAGGGCAAAUGCUGCAAAAUCUGCCCAGAGGACAGAGCGAAGCCGAAUGAGGAGGAGAUCAACUCCACCAAAUGCCCCAAGCGCCCCAGCAGGGUCCCGACCCACGCCCUCACGUCCGCCACCCCCGAGGUCCGGCCUCAGGUCCUCCCCGAGAAGGAGCGAACAGAGGAGGUGGAGGUCUUCGUCUGGAAGCUGGUCAAAGGAAUCUUUCACUUGAUGCAGAUCAAGAAGGGCAAGAAGGAAGAGUUCCAACAAGAGGACCAGAGCUCCUGGACGCUUCCACAGACAAAUGAAGGUCACUGGAACAUCCUUCGAGCACAAGCCCCGGAGCUUAGAAUGACAGCGAGUCCAGAGGAAGAGACAAAGAACUUGUAGUACGGACUUCUCCAUCUGCACCCC